AUGAGUGAGAAAUUCCGAACAUUGCCAAACUUCAUAAGAAAACAUUUCAAUAGCGAUCAAUGGGAAUCACUUGAUGAUAUAGAACGUAAUUACUAUUUAACUUAUCUAUCAAAUCCAAAUCAUUUCUUUUUUCGUUCAUCAUUUCUUGAACAAACACCAUUAAAAGGAGAAUUUAACAAUGAAGAAAUAGAAAGAUUCAAUGAUAGAUUAAAAUAUUUUAGAGAAACAUUAAAAAUACAGAGAAUUCCCUGGGGAUAUUUUUCGGCCCCUUUAAUCGGAAGAGCAGGCUAUCAAUGCGCCAUGUAUUAUCGCGAAUUACUCAUUUCUAAAGCACAUGAACCCGAUUUAAACUAUCCAUUUACUCCUAAUGGAUAUCCACAAUUUAUAUUCGAGGAAGAUGUAACUCUGCUUCGAGAAGCAUCAGAUGCUUUAGAGCAUGAAAUAUACAAUUUAGUUAUAGAAAAUAAAAAGAAAGCUGAUUGGAAUAAAUACAAACAAAUUCCGAAAAAAUACAUGAUUCAGAAUACAAGAUAUGACUAUACUCAAGCUGUUCAACCGAAAAUAAGUAGAAAAUCACCAAAGUCUUCCAAAGAUAAUAAUACUAACAAAGAAUCAAAAGAAACUAAUACAGAAUCCAGUAAAGAUGGAAGUUCUACUGGACAAACAGCAGAAGCAGAUACACAAACACCAGAUUCAAAAGAAACAGAAGAUAAAAAUAAUCCAAUUCCAGAUUUUAUUGACCCGAUCACAAAACAACCUAUUAAAAAUCCCAUGCUUGAUAUCAAUGGCUUCGUAAUGGGAAAAGAAAGCUGGGAGAAGUGUUUUGCUGAUCCGAGUAUUGCACCAUGUGAAAUGUCAGUUACAUGUGUGCAGGAUCUUAUUGCAUUGACAAAUGAUAAUUUUGAAUCAAUGAAAGCAUUUAUUAUUAAUUUGUCAUGA